AUGGCAGUGACCUUGGUCAUGACUUCGUCGGCCCAUGACGGAACCUCCACAUGCCUUCCGGGUUCCGUCAUCUUUGAUGAGGGCCAGGCCAUGAUACCUACACCGAAGUUAGACAGUCGACGGCGCACAAAGCAGCACGAAAAGGAGUCAGUUGAGGAUGCGGAGGAUGACAUCGACGCGAUGGCCGGCCUUACAAAGAGAGAGCUGGUGCAGAUGAAGGCGUUGAAGCAGAUAAGCGUCUGGCUGCGGUUCCACAACUUUCGGGAGAUGGAUGUGAACGAGCAGCAGGUGCCCAGUGGUUGUUUUCUGUUCAAACGGCCAGAGUCCAUGUGCCCCGUCCAUGUAGCGGCCAAGCACGGCCACGAAGGGAUCGUCAGAUUUCUUCUCAUGGCGCGAGCAGAUCCCACGCUGAAGACGUCUCGGGGCCGCACGGCGCUUGAGAUCGCAAGGAAAGCGGAUGUGAAGGGCUCCCACCGCGAGACGGUGGAGGCUCUUGAGACCGCCGAGGGGGCUGUCUCUGUUCGGCGAGCCAUUCAGAUCAUGGACAACUGA